AAAAUGACAAAAAAGACAAAAGCUAUUUAAAUCAAUGAGUUGGAUGAAUUCGAUAACUUCUACAAAGGAAACAUGGAGAAACAUGGAUAUUCCAGCAUUUACGUUCAGAGAACUGGACAGAAACGUGAUGGUUGUGGAAUAUUUUUCAAGCAUAAAAGGUUUUGCAGUGCUGAACUGAUCUUAGGUGAGGAAAUACAUUACAAUGAUCUUAUAGAUACCAUUGAUUGCAAGAAUGGCUCAACUGAUAUUGGGAUUGAGAGAACAUUGAAUGAGGUGGUAAAAGAAGGCAUGGUUGCUGAAGAUCCAUCAAACAAAAAUGAUGAUGAUGAAUGUGGAAAUCAAGAUGAUCCAUGUGUGAGGCUGAAGCGUGAUUGUGUUGCUUUGCUAGCAGCUUUCAAGUUGAAAGAUCCUUCUAAACAUGUGCUUGUUGUUGCAAAUACGCACAUCUACUGGGAUCCUGCAUGGGUUGAUGUGAAGCUUGCUCAGGUGAAGUAUCUUCUAUCAAGACUAUCUCGGUUCAAGGACGUCAUUGCCAAUAAAUUUAGCUGCACGCCUUCCGUGAUUGUUGCUGGUGAUUUUAAUUCAACUCCUGGGGAUGAGGUAUAUGAAUAUAUCACAUCAACAGCAGCUAAUGUUGACAAUUCAGCACAUGAUAUGCGGUUUUAUAGUCUUUACAGAACAAAUGGAGGAGAGCCACUGUUUACAAAUUGCACGCCUGAUUUCACAGGAACACUGGACUACAUAUUCCUUUCGGAUACUUGUCACCUGAAAGCUGUUAGCUUACUCAAACUCCCCCAUGCUGAUUCAACUGAUAUAGUUGGGGGUCUUCCCAAUCACUAUCACCCAAGUGAUCACUUACCCAUUGGUGGUGAAUUUGAAUUGCUUAGUGCUGCCAGUUCCUCUGUGGCGGAUCACCUAAAUGAUGUUGAGAUAAGUCUUGUUGAACUGAAACUCCAGCACUUGUAAAGCCAAUGUAAGUAAGCAGGAGAGAGAAAUCAAUGGAUGGUCAUACAAAAUUUUAUAACUAUAAUCAGUAGAGAUAGAAUUACUGAUUGUAGUUAUUUAAUUUUGUAUGAAGGCUUGUUGUUGUUAUUUAAUUUUAUAUAACCGUAUACAAUAGAGAAAAAUGAUUCAUGUAGCCGAUCUUAUGUAGCGGGAUAAAGACUUGUUGUUGUUAUUGUUGUAAGUAAUUUUAUCUCCUUGACGUCCAUGUUCAGUUAAGAAGUAUUAUUUACA